CUAUCACACGUGACAUCACGGAAUGCCCGAAUUCAACGCCGGAGCGGAACUCGGAUAACGAACGCUCGACGAGAAUCAAUAACUUCACUCCAGUCGUGCUCCACAACCCCCAGCAUUGCUCACGACUGCGGUCCUGCUGGUUUCCAUUGGGGUCUGCAUCUUGCAAGCGACGACUUUUACCGCCUUCAAAUUCCCCUCCCAACCCCCCAUCAACAGACACAAUGGGCGCCGGCAGCUCUAAGCCCGAUGCUUCGGCUGGCUCGAAACAUGUUUUCUCGAGCAACUCUCCCGUCCAAUUCUCCUCCAACCUAGUCGACGCUCUCCAGUCUACCUCGGAGACCGACGCCUCCCGCGCCAAGUCCCUCGAACUCCAGAUCCAAGCGCGCGUAUCCGAGGAACUCCAGCGCCUCCGCGAACGCGAGCAGCAAACCCUCGCCGAAAUCGAGCAGCGCCUCGCAGAGGUCAAAGACAGCGCUCCCACGCCCUCCUCCGCCCCCGUCAUCAGCCACACCCCGGGCUCCCUGAACCUGGAUGCGCCGCGCAUCCCCUUCGCCGGCCGCGAGGCUUACACCGCCCCCGCUGUGCCUGAGGACCACCCCGUCAACCGCAACAUCACCCGCCAGUCGGUGAACGAGGAGGUCGAGCAGCUGCGUGCUAAGCUCGAGGGACGACGUAAAUUGGCCGCGCUGGAUGAGGGCGUCGAGAAGGCCAAGGCUGAUGUUGUUAGUUGCUUGCGGUUGCACGACCGACGACCUUUGGACUGCUGGAAGGAGGUUGAAGGGUUCAAGCGUGAGGUCGCUAGAAUGGAGGAGGCCUUUGUGGAUCGCGUUGUUGGAUAGAGAAAAAAAAUCCUUGUUCGAUUGGUGUCUGUUAUGCAUUUUUCCUUUUUACCCUUAUUCAAAGCCGCGAAUAGAUCGGUCCUCUU